GCUGCCUGCGCUUCUGCCCAGUCUGCGGGUAAAAGGAGGUGGCGCUUGGUCCACUGCUGAGGAAAGACGCCAGCGCCUCCAGGCUUUGUGCAAGUGGUCGAACUUGCUCCGGCUUGCGCCCAAGCUUUUCUCGGAGCGCACUCUUGCUUCCCUGCCUGACACAGGAGACCAGGCAGUAGCUGAACAUCUUGACUUGCUGUUCAGUCGUAAGAGUACCAACACCCUGCUGCUUCGAGUCCAACCGCUUAUGCGGUUCGUGCUCUGGGCUCGGCGUGCUUGCCCAGACGAGUCGCCUAGUGAACAGUUUGUCUGGGUGCACUGCCGCUGGUUGCAGACCACCGCUGCGCCCAGCAGCAUUGACAUUUUUGUCAGCAGCCUGCAUUUUGUGCACGGCACUUUGGGAUUGGGAGUGCCCGCGCCGCCGCUGUCAACAGCUCAGGUCAAGUGGCUGGAGUACCUGUCUGGCUCUGCCCCCGACGACUACGAGCGCCUGGUCGCAGCAACCUUGUGCUUCAUGGUUUUCGCUAGGGCCAGGAGAAGCGACCUGGCCAGAGCAACUCACGUGCAGUUUGACCUGACCUCUGACGGCUCUGACGGCUUUGUGGAGUGCAAGGUGAAGAACCCUAAGCAGGUGAAAGCAGCUUCGCGUCGUAACCUUUUUCUGCCGCUGACAGCUGUUUACCGUGGCCUGGGGUCGGCCAGCUGGGGAGCGUUGUUCUUCGCUGCAAGGGCUCGUCUGGGGCUCCAGAACGAUGGUGCUUUGGACCAUCCUUUGAUCCCAGCGCUGUCUUCAACGGGCAACUGGCUUCCUGACUGCCUGAGCAGUGCUGCGCUGACUACCUGGUUGCGAGCCCUUCUCAGUCGUGCACCUGACGCUGAUUACGGUCUGAUUCAGCAAGUCAGGAGCCACAGUUGCAAAGCCACCGCUCUGAGCUGGUGCUCCAAGAUGGGUCUUGACGAUCGCACCGUGACGUUGCUUGGGUACCACAGCCAGGGCAGGAACAUGGCCAGCCUAGGCUACCGGCGCGACGUCCUGGCGGGUCCUCUGCGUGAGUGGUCACUGGCAGGACACAACUAG